AUGUCUUUAUUUAAAGAGGCUGUGGACAUACUCAAGACAGAGCGGCUGGGACAUGGCUACCACACCCUGGAAGACCAGGCUCUUUAUGACAGGCUGCAGCAGGCAAACAUGUACUUCGAGAUAUGCCCCUGGUCCAGCUACCUCACUGGUGCCUGGAAGCCGGACAUGGAGCAUGCAGUAAUUUGUCUCAGAAAUGACCAGGCUAACUACUCGCUCAACACAGAUGACCCACUCAUCUUCAAGUCCACCUUGGACACUGAUUACCAGAUGACCAAACGGGACAUGUGCUUUACGGAAGAGGGGUUUAAGAGGCUGACCAUCAAUGCAGCCAAGUCCAGUUUCCUCCCAGAAGAUGAGAAGAGGGAGCUUCUUGACCUUCUCUAUAAAGCCUAUGGGAUGACACCUUCAGCCUCUGCAGUGCAGCACCACUGA